CUACUGACACCGACUAUCGGUACUAGCAGCGCGGUCCGAAUUUUCUGGCAAAUUCUACGAAAUUGAUUGCUUGGGAACCACAACCGGAGAAACUAGUUUCUUCGAGAUCGCUAGCGUGCACGCGUGCGAGGAUCUGCGUUUGUUUGAGCGGAGCAACAUACAAUAAACGAAUAAACACAUUCCUUUUUCGCAAUGGCUGCAGUAGAUUUGUCCCCUGCAAAAGACAAUGGUGUAUUGAAAGAAAUUACUCAAGAGGGACAAGGAGAUGAUACUCCUACAGUCGGUUGCAAGGUAAAGGUCCAUUAUACUGGUACUUUGUUGGAUGGAACAAAAUUUGACUCGAGCAAAGACAGGGGUAAGCCAUUCAAGUUUGAUCUGGGGCGCGGUAGUGUCAUUAAAGGAUGGGAUAUUGGAGUGGCUAGUAUGAAAAAAGGUGAAAUAGCUACAUUGACAUGCGCACCUGAGUAUGCCUAUGGCAAGAAUGGUAGCCCACCUUUGAUUCCACCUGAUGCUACAUUAAAAUUUGAAGUUGAAUUACUUAGCUGGAGCGGAGAAGAUCUAAGUCCAAAUAAAGAUAAAAGCAUUGAAAGAUAUCAGAUUGUUGCUGGAAAAUCCUAUGCUAAUCCAGAUAAUGGUGCCCAAGUAAACAUACAUCUUAUUGGAAAAUAUAAUGGACAAGUAUUUGAGGACAAAGAUAUAGAAUUUUGCCUUGGAGAAGGAGAAGUUGUAGGAAUUGUAGAAGGUGUAGAGAUAGCAUUGAAGCACUUCUUGAGUGGGGAGAAAUCUAGACUACUAAUUAAAAGUAAAUAUGCAUAUAAGGAACAAGGAAAUGCUGAAUUUAAUAUUCCACCAAACGCUGAUGUGGAAUAUGAAGUAGAACUUAAGAACUUUGAGAAGGAAACUGAAAUGUGGUCAAUGAAGGCUGCAGAAAAGAUAGAACAAGCAAAGAUACAUAAAGAAAAAGCAACAAACUACUUUAAAUCCAGCAAAAUCAGUUUAGCUAUUAAAGUGUACCAAAAGGUUUUAAAAUAUUUAUCCGUUGAAGCAGAUUUCGAAGGUGAUCUCAAGCCAGAGAAGAAUAAUUUGGAGUUAACGACUCACUUAAAUCUCGCUCUGUGUUACCUAAAAACAGAUGAACAUCUCCUGGUGAAGGAAUCGUGCGAUAAAGCAUUAGAGCUGGAUUCUCAAAACGAAAAGGCUUUAUUCAGAAGAGGACUAGCACAUAUUGGGCUAGCGUCUCCUGAAAUUGCCGUUAAAGAUUUUCAGGAAGUUGUAAAAAUAGAACCGAAGAACACAGCUGCAUCUAAGCAGAUUUUUAUUUGUAAUGGUCUUAUUAAGAAGCAGUUAGCUAAAGAGAAGAAACUUUAUGCGAACAUGUUCGAUAAAUUUGCACAAGAGGACAAACAGUCAAUAAUGUCACAGAAGGAGGAGGAAAAACUGAAGGAACAGCCAGAUGUAAUGCAUGGAACUCUAGGAGAAUGGGGACAGGAAGAAAGACCAGGAGGUAGAGACGCGACUGCCUUCGAAAAGGAAAAUCCUAACAUACUUAUGCUCAACGCGAAUGGUACCGGUGAAUUCCAAAACAUGUAAACGAUGGCUUGUUUUUUUCUUUCCUUACACUGCCCCGUGUAACUGCCAAUAAGAAAUCUCCCAUUGAAUUUUUAUUUUCGGCACUUUCCAAGUACUGCUAUCUUUCGCAGAAAUCGAUAAAUAUAUGUCACAUAUUAACCCUGACUGAAAUUUUAACGAAUUUCUUAAAAACUCCCUCGUUAUUGGCCUUUAUAGUGUGUUAUUACAAUUAGUAAAAAUCUUUCUGAUAACACAUAUAACGCUUAUAGAAAGAUACAUGAAAUUUGUCGAAUUUUUAAAUCUUUUUUAAUGCAGUACAAUUGUGAGACAUGACUGUAUUGUACACAUUUCGACAAUUUCCAAUUUUUACAAAGUAAUAUGCAAGUAAUAAAAAAAGUGCCAUGUUUGAAAAUAUUCAAUUACACAUACAAUUGCCAUCGUUUGAAUUUAGUUUAAUAUAAUUAUUGUAUACAUUGCAACUGCACUUGGAGGCGAUUCAGAUGAAUUCUCAUUGUAUACUUAUUUCAUUACAUAUGAAUUUGAAUGUUUAUCACAAGAAUUGUAGAAAUAAAUUGGAAAAAUAUUUCUAUUAGGAAAAAAGUAUACAACAUUUGAUUAUAUAUAUUUGGGAAAAUUGUAUGCAAAUAAUGAAAGAUAUACACUUCUUUGGAAGCAUAUAUCAUCUGUACUAAUUUACAAAUUGUAUGAGUAUGAUAUAGAAUUAAAAUGUAAGAAAAACAAACAAAUAAUUUCGA